UUGGUAUUUGGCUUUGUAGGUAAUUUCCCAACCUCUCAAAAUAUUUAAAUCAAAAAGCAUUUAUCAAAAUCUUGUACAUUUCUCAAUAUCUGCCAUAUACACUGAGUCUCAGGAGUGAAGAGAAGAAAAAACAGACUUUCAAAUUCCAUUAUCUUCUUUCCCCUAUCUAGAAUUUCUGAAUUGCCAAAACCCAGAAAGUAAGUAAGGACGGGAUCCCAUCUUUUGAUUGUAUAAAGCAUAAAGUUAAAAUGUCAGGAAAACGUAAGCGUGUAGUGUUAACAAUUAAAGAUAAACUUGACAUUAUAAAGAAACUUGAAGAAGGUAGCUCUUUCAAAAGACUUUCAGUUGUUUAUGGGAUUGGUGAAUCAACAGUUCGGGAUAUAAAAAAGAAUAAAGAGCGAAUUAUAACUUAUGCAAAUAGUUCAGACCCAACAAGUGGUGUAUCCAAACGCAAAUCUAUGAAGUCAUCGACAUAUGAGGAACUUGAUAGAGUUAUGAUAGAAUGGUUCAACCAACAAAGAAAUGAGGGGAUUCCAGUAUCUGGGACAAUUUGUGCAAAACAAGCAAAGUUCUUCUUUGAUGCUUUGGGGAUGGAAGGUGAUUUUAAUGCAUCAUCUGGCUGGCUAACCCGUUUUAAACAACGGCAUGGCAUUCCAAAGGUUGCUGGUCAAGGUACAAAGUUAAAUGGGGAUGAAACAGCAGCCAGUGAAUUUUGCUGCAAAUUCAGGGAAUUUGUUGAAAAAGAGAAUCUACAGCCAGAGCAGAUUUAUAGUGCUGAUCAAACUGGAUUAUUUUGGAAAUGUCUACCAUCCAGGACUUUAGCUUUUGAAACAGAACACAGUACUUCUGGAUAUAGGUCAAGCAGAGAGAGAAUCAUUGUCAUGUGUUGUGCUAAUGCCACUGGUUUACACAAACUUAAUCUUUGUGUAGUGGGGAAAGCAAAGAAACCUCGUUCAUUUAAAGGAACUGAACCUUCCAACCUCCCUGUCUCUUACUUCAGUCAAAAAGGUGCAUGGAUAGAGCAUCCUGUUUUCAGGCAAUGGUUUGUCAAAAAUUUUGUGCCACAGGUACGGAAGAAUUUAAAAUCCAAAGGUUUACUAGAAAAAGCAGUAUUGCUUUUGGAUUUCCCACCAGCUCAUCCAGAUGAAGAGAUCUUGAGUUCAGAUGAUGGCAAAAUAUUUGUGAAAUAUUUACCUGCUAAUGUGACAGCUUUAAUCCAACCUAUGUGCCAAGGAAUUUUAGCCACUGUGAAGAGGUAUUACCGAGCAGGUCUUCUGCAAAAAUACAUGGAUGAAGGUAUUGAUCUUAAAAUGUUUUGGAAGAACCUCACUGUGUUAGAUGCUAUUUAUGAAGUGUCAAGGGCAUGGAACAUGAUAAAGUCAGUGACCAUUACAAGAGCAUGGAAUAAACUUUUCCCUGGUAUUGAGGAAAACAUAGGCUUGAAUUUUGAUGAGGGAGCUAUUUUAGCUGCUAACUUAGCCACAGUUUUACAGCAUACAGAAGGUUGUGAAAAUGUUGAUAUUGAAAACAUUGAAGACUGGUUUGAAGCUGAGAAUACUGAACCGAGUUAUGAUGUAUUAACAGAUAGUGAAGGGACACAAGGCCAGGUAGACCAAGGUGACCACUCAAGUGAAAAUGAGGAAGUAGAGGAAACAGAGCUUAUUUCACAAAGGCACAUUAGCCAUAAAUCUGCUCUUGAAUGGACAGAGAAUUUACUGGAUUAUCUGGAACAGCAGGAUGAUAUGCUUCUGUCUGACAAACUGGUACUGAGAAGGCUUCGAACCACCAUAAGAAAAAAACAGAAGACCCAAAAUAAUAACAAAAGUCAGCAAUAAUGUUUUUAAGUGUUUGUGACUUUGUGACUAUUAACUUGCACUGAAGCUUCAUUAUUUUAUUUAAAGUGUUGUUAAUUCCAAAGCAAAAUACAUUUUAUGAAUGAAUUUAGGAUUAGCAAUGCCACUGCUUUCUUACAUUAACACUGAUAAUUAAGAGUUAAUCUGUAACUUUCCCACAAUUUCUAAUUUUAUUUGUAUUAAUUUGAUCAUGAGCCUCAUGAGGCCAAUGAUCAUGUAUCUUGUUUUAUACCCAAAUGACAUAGUGUCUAAUAUAGGGCUAUCCACUUUGGGUUUCUCAA